AUGAAGGGCAACCAUCCUCCACCAGUGAGGAAGGACAACCAUCCUCCACAAGUGAUGAAGGACAACCAUCCUCCACAAGUAAUUAAGGGCAACCACCCUCCACCAAUGAAGAAGGGCAACCAUCCUCCACCAGUGAAGAAGGACAACCAUCCUCCACCAGUGAUGAAGGGCAACCAUCCUCCACAAAUGAUGAAGGGCAAUCAUCCUGCACCAAUGAAGAAGGGCAACCAUCCUCCACAAGUGAAGAAGGGCAACCAUCCUCCACAAGUGAAGAAGGACAACCAUCCUCCACCAAUGAUGAAGGGCAACCAUCCUCCACCAGUGAUGAAGGACAACCAUCCUCCACAAGUGAUGAAGGACAACCACCCUCCACCAUUCCUCCUCCACAUCCAACUUUUGAACUUUCACCAAUGA